CAAAAAAUGAUGAAUUCAAAGCGCAUGCGGAAAUACAUGGAAAAGCGUGAAGCGAAAUUGCGAGAGGGCGCUGAUUUGCGGCGACGGGAAGAACAAGACACGACUAAGGGGGAGAAGGUGUGGUUUUCGCGCUAUGUGGCGAAUGGAAGACUGCGACACUGGGUCCUUCUUACACACGGAACAAAAUAUGAGUUGCGGCGCAGCAGGAAUGUUGAGGAGAACCCGGCAGGGAGCCAGGGAAAACCGACGGGGGAAUUUACGUUCUUCAGCAAGCCGUUCACGAUCGACCAAGAACAGCGUGAGGCCUUACAAUCGGAAAUGAAGAUGCCAGAGCAGGACGGCUACUUUGUCUGCCUGAUUGGCUGGACGCGAAUGUCCAAAGAUCAAGUCGAUUCAGCGUGCGAAGAAGCCUUCAAAUCCUUCGGCAAAUACAACCUUCUCUGGAACAACUGUCAA